AUGUCUACCGGAGACCCUGGGUCCCCACUGCCGGCACCGCCACCACCGGUAUCCGCCGCCAGCGUCCAGCCCCCCCGCGACCGGAUCCCGAUAAGCUCGAAGAAGACGCAAGUCACGGGCCCCGCCACCGCCGCACCCAACUAUGCUGCCGCUGCGAGUCAGAUGGCGACUCAAACACCUGAACAACAGAAACAACAACAACAGCGUGCCAAGGCUCUGGGCAGCCUCCUACAAGCCAUGGGUGCUGUACCCGGAAACCGCAUGGAUCGCUGGGUCCAGGCCAUCUACUUCGCCGAACUCUACCCCGUCGCCACCGCCACAUCGCUGAAAUUUUCGGCCUUGAACGCGAACCGGUCCGUCGAGAACAUCUUCGAUUACGCCCUUGAAGUGACUCUGUCUCACCAGAGCGCCUCGCGAGCGACUCAUGCCGACAAGAUCGAUCUCGUGGCCUGCGUCACGAGGCUGCUAUCGCCCAUCUCUCCUAUCUGCUUUGAGCCUGGAGUUCCUCUGCCGGACCAUCUUGCGGCUUAUCAACCACAGAUCUUAGGCGUACAACAUUCAUCAAUCCUGCGUAAUGGGGCGGCUCACCAUCGCGUUACGGUUGGGUUCGUCACCGGCGAGGCACGUGACGCGGCGCUCACGACGCCCCCCGCUCUCACUUGGCGAUCGGCGAAGGCCCGCUUCGCGAAGUCUCACAGGUUCCACCAUAACAUGGUCGAGCUUCGAAUCAACGUCGGUGUUCAAGGAGUGCCCUCCAUGGAUGCCAUCAUCAAAUCGUUCCAAUCACUUGUGCAAGACCUGUCAGGCAAGGGACAUUCAUGCCAACUUGUGCAGGUUCUGCGCGUUAUCAGCGUGGACAACGCCUCGGCCUUCGCCCACGUUGCCGGAGACUACUCGGCUUUCCUACACUUCGAUGACGACUCCCUAUUCCAACGCCCCAACACGACCUUGAAGGAGAUUCUACCUUCGAGGAUCGACCUUCCCACUUGAGGCAUCCCGGUUACCGCCCUUCGCCAUGACUAUGAGAAGGAGGCGGCUUGCGGUAGGUGCCACUUUGUGGGUCACGUGGGAACCUGCGGACUGGAUCAGGAGAGGAAGCGGAAGGAGGCUCACAACGGCAUCAUCAACAGCAACAAAAACACCAUCACCCACAACACCAACAUCGCGGAGGCCGAGGCCCCCAUUCCUGUGCUGGUUGUUAACAGGAUCGCAUCACAGAAUCACUUCGCCGGGCUCGAGGUCGAGGAGGGACAGGAGGAAGAGGUAACUGGCCAGGGCGAACAGGGACCGGAGGAAUCGGGGGAGGAAGACGCUGGUGAUAAGGCGGAUGACGAGGACUCGGAGGACUCGGAGAUGGAAUCGGAGGCGGCCGCGAAAACGGAGGUCAUCAAAAUUGAAAGCGAGGACGAGUCGGUCUUGGAGGACUGCAGCGGAUCCGAUGGAGAGGUGAUUGAUGAGAAUGAGGUGAUGGCGGAUGAAAGAGGUGAAACGGAAGGAGAGGUGGCUACGGAGAUGGAGGAAGAGGAGGUGGCGACGGAGGUGGGCGAUGUGGACGAAGCGAGGGGAUCGACGAAAGCGGAGAAUGCGGAAGCGACGGACUUAGGGGAAACGAACAGGCUGGACAAUGACGACGACAGCGACGCCACAGCAACCGCCGCCACCGCUUCCCGCGAAUCGACGCCGCAUGAACCAACCCCACCUCUGUCACCCGAAACUCUCGCCAAGUCGCUACGCGAGGGGGAGGAGUGGGACAGGAUCAGAGCUAACUGGGUUGAGCAGGCACGACUUGAGCGGGACCAAAGCAUCGAGAGGAGGCUCAACGCUGAAACCCCUCUGGUGCGUCACAACUUUGCCACGUGGGACGAGGACGGUGAGAUACGCUCCAUCAACAUCAGGGGGACCGCUGCGAAGUUCAAGAAGCAGGUGAUGAAGAGGUCGCAGACUGCGGCGGACCUCAGUGACCCAAGUGACGAACCGACCGACGCCAAGCGAGUCAUCAUCAAAGGGAAGAGCCGCGUCGUGGUGAAGGAUGGAAUAGAGGGGCGGAGGGUGACGAGGUCGAUGUCGGCGGCAGCGGCGAUGCAGGUCGAGGUGACGAAGGUGGACAGAGGGAAAGGAAGAGGGGUAGCUGAGGAAAAACGAUGGUCCGACCACGAGCCCGAGGACGAUGUCCUGCCCGCCCUUCCCCUCUUUGAGGACGUCACCACCGCCAAGAGCGCCUCGACCUCGACUACCCAUUAAUGAUCAAGCACACCAUCAUCACCUGGAACGUAAGAAGGGGCAUGGGGGUCCCGGAAAAACGACGUAAUAUCUACACCUACCUUUCCACAUUCAAAGCUUCCGCGAUUCUCUUACAAGAGCAUUUCAUCAGACCACAAUUCUGUGAAGAGUCCACUCUCAGCUCGACAGGGGCGCCUCGGUCGUUGCGCGCGCCUGCUAGCCUGGCCCCUGUGGUGGGGACUUAGGCGCGCGCGAGUGCCUCAGCGCGCCGGCGCCGGCGGUUUUCGGGCGCGCGCCGCUAGCCCGCCCUUGCAGUGGGGACUUAGCCGCGCGCGACUGCCUCAGCGCUCCAGCGAUUUCGCCCGCGCCUGGGCAUAUCCCAGCGCGGGCCCCCUUUCCAUUUCUUAGCUUCCUUCUCAUCACUUCUGUUCGACUCUCGACUUCUCCUGACAGUAGUGGUGAUCAUCUCAUAGGUACGCUGAAAUACAUCACUUCUGUUCGACUCUCGACUUCUCCUGACAGUAGUGGUGAUCAUCUCAUAGGUUAUAAGCCCAUCGAGCUACCGCUGGCAUGGACACGUCGUCAACCCUCGCGACGAGCGCCACCCCGACAAUUCCCGCCGAACAGCUUGCCGCACUUACAUCGCUGCUGUCGGGACUCACCGCUGCCGCUUCCGGCACUACCGCACCCGCCACGACAUCCGGCUCCAAUCGCAAUGCCUUCCCGAAGCAUGCGCGGUUGGACGGGCCGAAGACGUUCGCGAACUGGACACGCCAGCUUCGCCUGUGCCUAGCGGACGACAUCCGCUCCUACGUCCUCGACGGAAUCACCCCCGACGAUUGGACGCCUUCGCAACGCUCCGCCCGCGACGUCGUGGCACGCGAGAUCCUUGCAAACUCAAUCGACUCGGCCGAAGUCUCGGCAGUCCUCGACAAGAUCCCUACGGCCGACCUCACAGCGCCCAAGAUUUACUCGACGCUGAAAUCGCGAUACGCCCCUGAUGACGCCACUCGCACGCUCGAGCUCUUCUCGCGACUCUGGGGCUUCCGACCCAUGCCCGGAACGGUUGGCGAAUUUGACAGUUGGAUCAUGGACUUCAAGUCGGUCGCGCAAGAGAUCAUCGAUACGAAAACGACGAUCAACGACGUCCUUGCCACACUCCUCCUCGCGAUCGCCCACCCGUCACUCGAGAGCUUCAAGGCAACGUUCACCGACGAACAACGCACGCAACGAACUCUCCCUGACAUCGAUUCAGUGGCCGACCGUAUGCGAGUUCAACUCCGGUCAACGAACCUCUCCAACGAUCAAUCGGCCCUCCUUGCCUCGUCGUCGCCACGUUCUACCCGUACCAAGUGCCUCGCCUGUCGCAGCUCUUCUCACCGCGUCGCACAAUGCCCUACAAGGGCCCAGCAUCCACCGCCAGGCCCGUGUCGCUCCUGCAAGAAGAAGGACCACUGGUCUUUCGACUGCAAAAAGACUCUUGAGGACGGGAAAACGCCCGACACCUCUGAUGCGCAACACCAUGUCGGAUGUCUCGCCACCGGUCUUCUCGCACAUCGUCGUCAGCUUCGCAACAACUCCUUCGUCGUCGACUCGGGUGCCACUUCGCACAUGGUCUCGGACAAGUCGCUGUUCACGGCCUAUCGCCACAUCGCUCCUACGAAGAUUGGUGGUAUUGCAGGGGGCAUCAACGCCGUCGGAACGGGAAACAUCGCCUUUGUUGCCGCCUCCGGUCACCCGAUCACGCUUACCGGCGUGCUGCACACCCCGGGCCUGUCUGUCAACCUCCUCUCGGUCUCUCGACUUUGCGACACCGACGAUGUCCGUGUCGCCUUCACGAAGCACGGCAUCCAUAUCGACAAGAACGGCAAUGCUAUCGCUGAAGGCGCAAGACUCGAGGAAGGGCUCUACUUGCUGGACGCUGAUCAUUCCAAAUGUCAGCAUCUCGCUCUCCUCUCUCGCUCACAGUCUUCCGUGCCCCUGCUGACCCUUCACCGCUGCCUCGGCCAUCUCGCACCGUCGUCCAUACAGAAGAUGGUUGCCGCUGGUUUGCUGGAAGGUCUCGGGGCCGGAUAUAGUGACGAAGAGGUAGAGAAGUUUGUCUGCAAUGCUUGCCUCAGUGCAAAGGGCCAUCGUCUUCCUUUUCCCGAUUCGGACUCGCACUCCUCAGAGAGACUCGGCCUCGUACACAGCGAUGUGCUUUCCUUUCCCGAGUCGUCCUUGACUGGCAAGCGUUACCUGGUCACGUUUCUUGACGACUUCUCGCGCAAACUGUGGGCAUACGCGAUCGGACACAAAAGCGAAGUCUUUGGCGUGUUCAAGACAUGGCUUGCCGAGGUCGAACUCGAGACGGGUGCAAAACUGAAGGUCCUCCGAACCGACAAUGGUGGCGAAUACUGUUCGAGAGCGUUCACGGAAUUCUGUAAGGCACGCGGCACACGUCGACAAUACUCUAUCCCUCGAACGCCUCAACAGAACGGUCGUGCCGAACGAGUCAAUCGUUCUAUCGUCGAAGGUGUCCUUGCCCUCCUUGCAGACGCCCACUUACCCAAAUCAUUCUGGGAGGAGGCAGCAGCUUAUUUCGUCUACUGCAAGAACCUGUGCGAACACUCGGCCCUGGACAAGGCAACACCGAACUUCGCCUGGCAGGGCGACCGCACCAACGCCUCGGCGCUUCACCCGUUCGGCUGCACGGCUUGGCUCACAGUCGCGCCUGAACUUCGCUCGAAACUCGACCCGAAAGCGGUUCGCGUUCUCUUCACCGGCUAUGACCUGGCUUCUAAAGCCUUCCGUUUCUACGACACGACGACCAAGAAGAUCAGUUUGGGCAGAAAUGCCAGGUUCCUCGACAACGAAUUUCCCGGGUUACGUAGCGACUCCACCGAGCAAGACGCCGACACGCACUUCGCCAGCGCUUGCCCGACCACCGAAUCCCAAGCCGUUGUCAAGACAUGGACCCCACUAGUAAGGUCGGCGCACAUGGACGUCUCAUCCUCUCUUGAUGACUCUGCCAUGAGCGCCGUUGACGUGGCCCCAGGGUACACUGGCGGAACCUUACUUAAUUCCACAGAUGCCGAAUCGUCCUCGUCACCGUCUCCUGAGCCGUCCUCGUCACCGUCGCCCGCAACCCCCUUGUCACCGUCGCCUGCGCUGUCACCGUCGUUGGCUGCGUCAUCGUCACCCUCGGCCUUACCGACCGACUCUGACUACUCCGCCGACCCUCUGGACCUCAUCGGCUCACAGACCCCGACUCGCCUCGGCCCACCGGACGUGCACCGCCCAGACUUCAGCACGUACCGUGAGCCCGCAUCGGCUGAGGAGUCGCCCGACGAACUCGACAUCAUUGGGCGCCACUCGCGCGAUGAAUCGCCGGACGAAAUCGAUUUCCUCACCCAACACCACCGCGCCUUCAUCGCCACCGACGACGACAACUCUGACACAGAAGCCAUUCAACCAGUCAAGUCCAUCACCAGCGACCCACAGACAUGGCGCGAGGCAAUGUCGAGUGACAAGCGCGAAGUGUGGGCCAAGGCCGCUACCGACGAGUUCAAUUCCAUGCGCGACGACUUCAAGGUCUUCACCAUCGAGGACCGAUCCACGGUACCAGCGGGUGCGACCAUCGUCACAUCCAAGUUCGUCUGGAAAACGAAACGGAAUGCACUCGGCGAAGUCACCGGCCACAAGGCACGGCUCGUGGCGCAGGGAAAUCGGCAACGCGACGGCAUCGACUUCAACGAAACCUUCGCACCAGUCGCACGCUUCUCCUCGAUACGCUCACUCCUCGCGCUGGCGGCCGCCAACGGCUUGCACGUGCACCAGGCGGACAUCGACAAAGCCUAUCUGCAUGGCGACCUUGACCAUGACAUCUGGAUGACGACACCGCGCGGCUUCGACCUUCCCACCGACAAGGUGCUUCGUCUGCGACGCUCCAUCUACGGACUCAAACAGGCUGGCCGAAUCUGGAAUCGACACAUCGACGCAUCGCUUCGAGAUCUCGGCUAUACGGCGACGGGCACCGACCACUGCGUGUACUCUCGGAUCGACGAUCGGCGACGCCCACACUACAUCGCGCUGUACGUCGACGACCUCCUGAUGAUCAGCCCCGACUUGGCCGAAAUUGAACGUGUCAUCUCGGGCCUCGAACAACGCUACGGCGUCAAGCGCCUCGGCCCGGCAGAGUACAUCCUCGGCAUCCAGAUCAGGCGACUCGAAGACGGUUCUAUUGCCCUGUCCCAGGAACGGUACAUCAUGGACGUGCUUGCUCGGUUCCACUUCGACACCACGACUCGCGGCACUACAGUCCCGAUGACCCCCGGCCUUUUGCUCACCGCCAUCCCGGGUCAAGGCACCGAACGGAUCAGGUCAUGGUAUCUGCAGGCUAUCGGCUCGCUCCUCUACAUUUCGCUCGGCACCCGCCCCGACAUCGCCUUCGCCGUGUCCUACCUGGCCCGCUUCGCCAACAACCCUGGACGUCGUCACUGGAUCGCGGUCAAGCACAUCCUCCGCUAUCUCCGGGCCACAUAUCGCGACGAACUGGUUUAUGCUUGCGGCGAGACACGCAUCACGGGCGUGGUUGGCUACUCCGACGCGAACUGGGGGGCCUGCGUCGAUACGUCGGUGUCCACUAUGGGCUACGUCUUCUACAUUGCCGGAUCCGCCGUGUCUUGGUCGUCCAAGCGUCAAUCUCGAGUUGCCGAUUCUACCACCGACGCUGAAUACCUCGCCCUCUCGCAUGCUGGCAAGGAAGGGAUCUACCUCAGUCAGCUGCUCGAGGAGCUCCAUGUCCAACCUGUUGCACCGGCUCACAUUUUUACUGACAAUGAAGCCGCUGCCGCAGUUGCCCACGACCCUGUCCGCGUCUCCGGCACUCGACACAUACGCUUGCGCGAGCACUUUGUUCGGGACAUGGUGAAUCGGGGCGAUAUCUCACUCUCGCAUGUGGGAACCAGCAACAUGGUGGCCGACAUCUUCACAAAGGCUCUUGGCCCAAAGAUUUUCUCGACACACUGCUACGCACUAGGCCUUCGCACUCGACACCCACGGCUUGGAUCUGCCUCGCAUUCGCGUGGGGGGGGGUGUGAAGAGUCCACUCUCAGCUCGACAGGGGCGCCUCGGUCGUUGCGCGCGCCUGCUAGCCUGGCCCCUGUGGUGGGGACUUAGGCGCGCGCGAGUGCCUCAGCGCGCCGGCGCCGGCGGUUUUCGGGCGCGCGCCGCUAGCCCGCCCUUGCAGUGGGGACUUAGCCGCGCGCGACUGCCUCAGCGCUCCAGCGAUUUCGCCCGCGCCUGGGCAUAUCCCAGCGCGGGCCCCCUUUCCAUUUCUUAGCUUCCUUCUCAUCACUUCUGUUCGACUCUCGACUUCUCCUGACAGUAGUGGUGAUCAUCUCAUAAAUUCUGGCAGCUCAUCAAGGACGAGUACGAGGGCAAGCUCUUCAUCAACCAGCACUGCCUGACCCUGAUCCCGGCCGACUCGCCCCUGAUCGACGCCGAGCUCUUGCGCACCCACUCGGCACUCGACGGCCGGCUCCUCGUCACCUCCUUUCGUCUGCGGGGCGACAUCAAAAUUCUAGAAAUCAAUAACCUCUACGCGCCCGUUGACCCAAAACAACGAGCAAAAUUCUUCGACAAACUGAUCCUCCACAAAACACAGAAAUCCCACCUCCGACUCCUUGGCGGCGAUCUCAACGACUGCCCGCGCCCAGAAGUCGAUCGGCGGAACCAAAGUCGGCGCGGCCACCACUGGCCGAUUCUGAUGGGCAAGCUCGACUCGGCCUACACGGACUGCAUCCGCUACAAGCACCCCAUCACCCCAUCUUUCACUCGACCUAAUCCCAAUCGCAAGCGACCCAACUCCUUCUCCCGGCUUGACUACUUUCUCCUACAAAGAGCUCACCAAAAAAGGCUCGACCAGGCCUCGACGAUCUACGACUAUCCCAAGGAUCUUUCCGAUCACCAACCGGUCUUGAUCGUACUGGCUCUCUCAGACGAUCUUGAUGCGGCUCUCCCACAGCUCAGCCUACCUACCACAUCCAACCAACUACAUCGAAUCAAUACCACAACCUUCAAGACGGUGGAAUUUCAGCGGAUGAUGGAAGGAUGGUUGGAAGGGGCAAGCGGGGAGGAUCCGGUGCGAGAGCUUGAGGAGGUUCUGGAGGCGUGCAGGGACAGGGGUGGGGAGAUGGCGAGGAGGCUGCAUCGGGAGCGGACGGAACGGAUGGAGUAUUUGGUGGGGAGGGUGCAGGAUCUGGAGGCGUUACCGGUAUGGGGGGAGGCGGAAACGGCAGAAUGGACAAGGACGUCCGAGGAACUCAAGCGGGCGGUCGAGGAGCGCGCGCGCCUACUCCGGAUCCGAGCCCACGUCCCCGAGAUCGCUUCCGAGGAACGACUGUCGCGGCCGGUCCACGCCAAGCUCGCGGCGCGGAACUCGGACUCCAAGAUCACAGCACUGCGCUUGGGCAACGGAGAGCUAACGCAUGACAUUGAUGUCGCUCUUGACCACACGCAGGCGCAUUUCCAGCGCCUCUACCACAUCGAGCCUCGUGAUCCGGAACGCGUCGACCGACUUCGGGACGAACUCCUCGUGCCGAUCAGGGCGGCACGGACUUGCGACGACCCGCGCUCAGAUCCGCUCUUUCUGCGCCGACUCUCGGAAGCGCAGAUUGAUCUCCUCCAGCAACCCAUCACCGAGGACGAGGUCGUGGCCGCGAUCGGGACGACGCACCCGGGGCGAUCGCCGGGCCCGUCGGGCGUGCCUUACGAACUCUAUCAGACCGCACCGGAGGCGUGGUCCAAGGUGCUGACCAAGGCCUACAACGCGAUGAUCGAGCGCGGUUCACUCUCUCCCAAGCAGGGCCAGGGACUCGUGCGCCUCAUCUUCAAGCGCCACAAGAAGAAUGCCGAUCGCGCCGAACUCUCGUCGUAUCGCCCCAUCACCCUGCGCGAGUGCGAUUACAAGAUUUUUACCAAGGUCUACGUCGCCCGAUUGAACCAAAUUCUGCCCGAUCUCCUCCCGCCGCAGCAGCACGGCUUCGUCAAGGACCGCCGAUCGGCCGACGCUGCACUACACCUUCGUCUCCUGAUCGAGGAACUUGGCGCGCGCAGGACCGAGUUCCCCGCGGCCGCGCUCUUGUCUCUUGACCAAUCAUCCGCCUACGACCUCGUCGAGCAUGACUGGAUCUUUGCCAUCUUCGACGCUCUGGGCGCUCCUACCACCUUUCUUCGCGUGCUGAGGAUGCUCUACUCGGGUGACUCGACCUCGGCGCGCUACAUCAUCAAUGGGUUCCUGACGGCGCCGGUGCGACUGACGUGUGGGCUCGGCCAAGGGGACCCGGCGUCAUCGUCGGUCUGGGACAUCGUGUUUCAGCCGUUCCUGGAUGCUCUACACCGUCGAAACAUCGCGCUGAAUCUCUCCAUACCUGCACUUCAUCCGUACCCACAGAGCCGCGCCAUUACAUCACUUGCAUUUGCCGAUGACGUUGUCGUCGCCGUCGCGGGCUUGGAGUCACUCAACUUGCUCGAUGACCUGGCGCUCGACUGGAGGCAUGCAACGAAUGGCCGGCUCAACACGGACAAGACGGUCGUCCUACCGAUUGGACGUCGCUGGGACCCUGGGGAACGGCCAAUCGUCGUCAAGGCCGCAGGCAAGUCGCUCGAGUGGAUCGGCCUCCCCUUCGACCCCAGCGGCGACACCGAACUCGCCUACGCGAAUCUCAUCGAACGGCUCGAGGCGACGCUGGAAGCGGUUCAGCAUCGCUGGCUCACGCACCACACCCGUGCCUUUUACGUCAAUCGGUACGCCAUUCCCAAGAUCCUGCAUUUCCUUGCAGCCGACAUCCCGCCGCCCGAAGUCGUCAAGAAGCUCGAUGACAUGCUCGUCGAUUUCGUCCGUGGGGGCAAGGGCAGGACCAGCUACGGCAGAGACAUUGUGUUCACCGCCAAGAACAAGGGGGGACUCGGGGUGAUAAGGAUGCGGGACGUUGUGGACGCGGUUGCGGCACGGCUCUGGGACGUUCUUCUCGGCGGUUCCGGCGCGAUUUGGCAAGGACUUGCGCGCGCAUCACUCCAGCGAGCUCAGCCCGACCUCGACCUGGCCACCGAUCUCUGGCCACAUCCAUCUACUCCCAUCCCCAACGACCUUCAUCCCCGAUGGCACGCCGCACUGGGCGUUCCGAAACUUCACGACGCGCAGGUCAACCCGAGGGCCUUGACCACCGCGAACUUGCUCGCGCUGCCCACCCUGCUCGGCAGCCUCCACACCCCCAUCAGAGGGAGACAGACCAUCGACGCGGUUCAUGUACCUGACUACCUUCGUCUCCAGGGCUACCCGAAGGUGGCGGAUCUCUAUCGACGCGAGUUGUAUGCGGGUGGGGGGUUUCACCUCUGGACGCCGCCGGCGGAUGUGCUCGGCGACAACAGCGAGUACGAUCGACGCGGGCUCCCGCAGCGACUGGCAAUCGCGGCCUGGUACCGGUUCACUGUCGAUCGACACAAGAACACCCCCUUGGCGGCGGCGGUGGCGGCGGGACGACUCAACGUGCCUCCCCGGAUCGGCACCAGCGCACCACUCGAGGCGAUCAUCCCCAAGCCCGUGGCCCGCUUCGCAAUGGAGCAGCGCCUUCCGGACCCGGUGCUUCCACAACAGGCGAGCCAGUAUACGCUGCUGAACAUGGCUCGCCCCUACACAGUCCGUCGCAUCCGCCGGGUCCUGAACGCGAAGGCAUUUACCAACAUGCUCGGGCUCAAGGGACCACCGCAGCCGGACGACCUCAGGAGCUUCUGGAAGGCAGUCAACUCGAAGGCACUGACGGCGAGGGAGAGGGAAGUUUGGUUCAAGCUGAUCCUCCGCUUCACCCCGACGCGCAAACUCCAGCACGAGCAAAAGCACGACACUUCUCCCGCGUGCCUCGUGUGCGAAGCGCCGGUGGACGACACCGAUCACUACUUCUUCGGCUGCUUCGACUCGCGAAACGUCUGGAUCGCGGCGAGGGGCGUGCUCUGCGACGCGCUCGGAUGCGACACGAUCGAGGAUGCCGAGUACACGACGCUUCAACGACUCUUUGGCCUCCCCAAGCUCAAGGCCAAGCUCAGCGCACAGGAAGGCGCGGGCAGGACGAUCGAGAUCUUCACGGGGAUGGUUUUGGAGAUGAUCAGCAGUGGGAGAUGGAGGAUGCAGAAGCACGGGACGAGGAUGGAAAGCGUGGAGAGGAGGAGGGUGGUACUGGAGGAGAGGAUGAAGUUGAGGGCGGGAGGAGCAAGAGGCAGGCGAGUGCAGUAG